GGCGAUUGCAAGGUCGGAUCUACAUAGAUCAGGGGAAGGCUUCACCCCCCACCUCUAAGGUUUCUGCAGUUGAUCUUUGACGCGUCUCUGAAUGUUUGCUUCCUGAAGGUGGUGGCUAAAGGCUGGUUGCUGUGCAUUCUGAUUGAUUGAUUUGAUCGUCUCGUCUCUGAUUGGGGAUACCGCACACGCCCAUCAUGGCUGGAUUCGCCGACUUCGACGCCGGUCAUAGAGACCUGGUUUCGGUCACCAAAUUCAACUUUUAUGGCAAUCGCAUCGUCACAGCUUCAACUGAUCACCGCAUGAAGGUCUGGGACCAGAAAGACGGUGAAUGGCAGCUCGUAGAUACUUGGCGUGCUCAUGAUGCGGAGAUCCGUGAUGCGACCUGGAAUGGCCCUUUCACGGGCCAGCACAUUGGCAGCGUGGGUGAAGACAUGAAAUGCAAGAUAUGGCAGGAGGAUGUUACGCAACCCCCCAAUUCAGGCCGGCGUUUCAGGUCUAUCUUUCGCAUGACCGCCCCUCAGCGCCACCCAUUUGUAUCAAUCGAUUUUCGCAACAUUGAUCUGGAAUCCUGGAUGGCCGUUAUUACUCGCGAUGGCUACCUGAUGAUCAUGGAGCCUGUAAGCCCCGAUACUCUUGCGGAUUGGCAGCCGUUAGAUCAAUUUAGAGUCUGCACUGCUCCCCAGCGAGGAGAAGAGACAAGCUUCAAAGUGCAGUUUCACCAUGAUCCUUCGGACAUUACGCAUUCUGUAUUGCCCUCUUCAGAUCGCAAAAGUCUGUCGCUGGUGGUGGCCGCCAUGGACAGCGUAAAGAUCUAUCGCACUGAUGCAAGUCGACGCUUUUACCACGCCAUCGAAUUGACGGGACAUGGCGGUCUUGUGAGGGAUAUCUCUUGGGCCAAUGGGUCAGUGAGGGGAUAUGACCUCAUUGCUAGUGGCUGCAAGGAUGGCUUCAUCCGAGUGUUUGAGGUAUAUACAACGGCCUCUGGCUCCGGGUCACAGACUUCCAAUGGCAACCACGCACAUUCUUCAUCGCAGUCAUCAUCAAUUCGUGCGACUACCCAGUCAGGUAUCGGCUCUGCCCUUGCAAGCCGUGCUCCUGUAUCAAUGUCCAGUCGUGCUGCACCCGCAGAUUCUCAGUUCAAGCAUUCAUUCAAGGAAAUUGCAUGCAUUGACAGCAAACAUUUAGACGUGUGGCAAGUUGGCUUUUCAUACGCUGGUGACUGCCUCAUUUCCUCAGGCGAUGAUGGUAUUGUACGAUUCUGGAAGAAGUCCCUCUCUGGAGAAUGGCUCGAGUACGCUGGAACCGAUAUGGCUUGUCAAUAGAGACGAGGUGACUUUGCUGCUGCAUCGCUGGAACUCUCAGUUGCAACCUAUCCUUAGCCUCUUCCCACUGUGUCUACGCACUGCAGGAGCCAUACACCCUGACUCUUUCCCAAUACGUGACGGGGUUUCCUUUGCUGCUCUUUUGGGUGUCCUUAUUUGUCUCUUUCUGUUCGGACUGGCGUUUGUUGCGGUCUAGCUAUGGGAAGAUUAGAUCUCGACUUUUUCAUCUUGCAGUCAUUCUUGCUCUGUUUGGCAUACAAUGAUACCC